UGGAUCGACGAGAUGAACGUGGCGGAAGUGAAUAGCCGAAGCGUGAUAGUGGAAGUGCCGGCAUCGAGGAAGUUAAUCAGCGAGGAGUCGGCGGUGACGCCGCCGGUGGCGACGGCGACCAUGGCACCGUUCGCCACGAACCUCGACGAUGUAUUUAUCAGCGUGAAGACCACCAAACAUUAUCAUCACUCGCGUUUGCCGGCCAUCAUCGACACGUGGUUCCAAUUCGCCAAGAAUCAGACCUGGUUCUUCACCGAUAGAGAUGACCUGUACUUCCAAAACCAAACUCAUGGCCACAUGAUCAACACUAAGUGCUCGUCCUCGCACAAUCGGCGGGCUCUCUGCUGCAAGAUGUCCGUGGAAUUUGACAGAUUUCUCGACAGCGGCCGAAAAUGGUUCUGCCAUUUCGAUGACGAUAAUUACGUGAACGUGCCACGCCUGUUGAAGCUCCUGGACAAUUAUAACCCGCGGGAGGAUUGGUACCUUGGCAAGCCCUCGAUACCUGCGCCCUUGGAAAUCAUCAGGCAGGGUCCGGAGCCACAGAAGCGACCGCAAAAGGUGAAGUUCUGGUUCGCCACGGGUGGCGCCGGAUUCUGCAUCAGCCGAGCAUUGGCACUAAAGAUGACUCCGGUUGCUGGCGGAGGAAAAUUCAUCACCGUCGGCGACAGAAUCAGAUUGCCAGACGAUGUAACGAUGGGUUACAUUAUCGAAUAUCUCCUGAAAAAGCAACUCACAGUCGUAGAACAAUUCCACUCGCACCUGGAGCCAAUGAAGUUCCUGAACAAGGAUACCUUUCAAGAGCAGGUUUCUUUUAGUUAUUCUAAGGGACCUAGAGAUGAAUGGAAUAUCCUGAAGAUUGAUGGUUUUGACAUGAAGAAUGACCCAAAGAGAUUCAAAUCCAUUCACUGUCAUCUGUUUCCACAUGUUCCUUAUUGUCCGCAUAGAUGAUAUAAGAUUGCGCGGCGAAUGUAAAAAUAAAAGAAGUCGAACUUACUGAUCUCUCAUUGUUAGGGAAAAUAUUGGGAGGAAACGUGAGUUCUCUUGUAAAGAGGAUGGAGCAGAGAGUUCAUUUCUUCAUUGCAUACAGAGAGGAAACAUAUGAAAGAUCAACGUACGGUGAGGAGCAUAACUGAAUUAAUAACAUAUUCUUAUACAUGUACGAAGAAAAUUAUUCUUGUACAUGUGUAGACAUACAUAUAAUAUAAGAAAUAGAAAAAUAAACAAUAUUACAGCGAAGUAUAGUCGGUUAAAUGCACUGAAAUAUACGUUUGAAUCGCACACUGAGGAUAAAGAUAUAUGUGUAAUAGAUUGUGAAACAUUCAUUAAAAAAGACGUAAAAUACAAACGCGAAAAGAAAUUUAUUUAAAACUUUUAUUGAUGUAUUGCAUCGGUUUUAAAGAUUUUCAUUAUUUGUCCUGACCGAUCAGGCUUAGAAUCAUAAGAUACGGGUAAGGAUAGAGAAAUAAUAUUUACAUGAAUCAGAUUUACAUAAAAUGGGUCAAAACAUGGGAAGAAUAAUGAUUAUUGAUAAUUAUAAUAAAUUGAUAAAUAUAAUAAUAAUUAGAUUAACAUAAAAAAGUUUUAAAACUUUGUUUUAGCGUAUGCUGUGAUUAGUGAUACUUCACUUAUGUUUAUUUUUUUCUAUUUUUUAUGUAUCUUAUAUGGAGAGAGAUAUAUAUAUAUAUAUGUAUAAUAAUUUUUUUUUCUUAUAAAAUAAAUAUUAUUUCAUACGCACAUACACAUACAUAUAUUGUUACGCUCCUUAUUUAUUAAUUAGUGAUUGCAAUAGGAUCGAAAAAGCACGAUGAGAUUUUGGUUAUACUCGCAAAUUCUCUUGUUGUAUAUGUGUGUUAGUCCUUUUUAUCUUUUAAAACAUCUGUAUAAAAUUGUAUAUAUAUAGGUAAUUAACUUCGAUUUGUUCUGAUAAUUCUUGUGCGGUGCAAGUGAAGCUUACAUUUAUGCAAUAGAUUGAAAACGAACAGAUAAUAAACGAAUAAAAUAAAAUAUUAAAAUAAUAUUAAAUUAAAUAUAAAUACAAUAUUAAAUUUGGAACACCCUGUAUCAUAUUAAUAUUUAUAUGCACAAAGUGAAAAGAAGAAAAUAUGGAAAAGAAAGAGAGAAAAAGAAAGACAGCACAAGACAGAUAAUGAAAAACGACACAUGGCAAUUUUAUUUUUCUACAUACUGCAUAAUGUAACCUGCACUAGCACGCGUAUAGGCGUAUAUAACAGCUGCAUCUGUGCAAUACGAUACAUGUAAUUGUAAUUCGCUGACAGUCUCGUCAACGCGAAAUGGAAUUAAGCUAGUCCCUCGCAGAAAGACAGACAGCUGUAUAUAAUGUGAUAUUUAGUGCGCGCGAAUUUUUAUAUCUUUUAAUGUCCCUUCUUUUCAUAGGAUUUUACAUCGUAAAUUUUCUACGAAGCUGUAAGAAAAAAUAUUUAUAUGCGAUAUGUCGAAAUACAUGUGCAAUAUCGAAUAUAUGAGACGCUUAUUUUCAAAGCUGACGUGUGAGUUAUUUUUGAUAUUUUAUGGAUUAGUAAAAUAUAUACAUGUAUCGAUUUUGGAAAAAAUUAUUGCAGUUAGACUUACACUAUUUUGAAACUAAACGAUUCAUAUUAUGAUUUGUUGCUUUUGAAGGAUGAAUUUGGCAAUUAUUUGAGAAGCGCGAGGGAAGUUUUAACAUUAUACAGGUGGGAUCUCAAUAUAUAUUUAUGGAUAAGAUAUGUAUCAUAGUUACACAUGUAACAUGAUACAUGGAACGAACGCGAAAAUUAUUAUAUAAUGGUGUCGACGCUGUUGUUAUUUCGAUAUAAUGGCGACAUAUUGAAUUGUACGAUAUUGAUUAUAUGCUGUGCGAUUAUGUUUUAUACAUAUAAUAGAUUGUAUAUGCACACAAUGUUUAUAGGAUUUUCAUGUUCAUCUUCAUCCAUAUCCACAUGCAUCCUUUAUUCUCCACAAUGCUGUUUUUGCAUACAUUAUAUAAUAUGCUAUUUCUA